AUGCCUGCUGCAACCACGCAGUCCAAGUCGACCACAGAGAUUGCCAACGCUGGCUUCUCGCACAUUCAGUCGUCGAAAGGCAGCGCGGUCCGUACUUCGCCCGACUUUCUCGUGGUCGUGCUCGACAUCAACCCGCUAGCAUGGACGAGACGAUCCGAGGCGUUGGGCAAGGGCAAAGCAAAGGAAGUUGCCAGCGAUGUAGCCCUUCACGAUGCGCUCUCUGCCAUCAUGAUCCUACUCAACGCGCACAUGGCAAUGCAGCACGAGAACGGCCUGGCCAUCUAUGCGGCCGGCGGGACGGGCGCUGCACAGCUCCUCUACUCGACCGCGCCAUUUUCGAGCAAAGCCCCAGACACAGGGCCAAGAUCUUCAGCGGCCUCUACUAGCAUACACAAGCCAGAUGCCAACACGUAUCAACCCUUCAAGCUGGUCGACGACAACCUGGAGCAAGGCAUUCGAAAUACCUGCGCGUCCAUGUUUGACCGCGCAAGACUAGCACAAGAAGCCGCACAGGCGAGUGCAGACAACGAUGGAGCGAAGCAUGCGGCGUUGGCGCGCUCGGUCAACGUCGGCAUCGUGUCUGCCCUUUCUCAAGCUCUCUGCCACCUCAACCGGCUCGGUCUGAGUGACGCGACCGAUGCAGCCAAUGCCGGGAAUGGGAUUGCGGCGACAGCACAGACGAGAGCGGGUGGAGGUAAUGCUGCGUCUGGCACUGGCGGCGGUGGAGGCGGCAACAUCGGAAGCUUCAAGUCGCGCAUCCUAAUCCUCAGCGUAACUCCGGACGCAUCGACGCAGUACAUUCCAAUGAUGAACUGCAUCUUUGCGGCUCAGAAGAAGGGCAUCACCAUCGACGUCUGCAAGCUGUUCGGCAGCGACACGGUGUUCUUGCAGCAAGCUUCGUAUCUCACCUCAGGCACGUACUUUCGGCUUGCGGAUGAUCAGGACGAGAGGGGCAGCAAGUCGAAUGGAGCAACAGACAUGCGCUCCAGCCUGGUGCAGACACUGAUGACGACAUACCUGCCCUCAAGGUCGAUGCGAGGCGUCAUGAACCUGCCCACGCUGGAAGAGAUUGAUUUCAGGGCGGCUUGCUUCUGCCAUCGCCGAAUCGUGGAUAUCGGCUACAUUUGCAGCGUCUGCCUCAGCCUCUUCUGUCAGCCCAGGCCGUUCUGCCUCACGUGUCGGUCGAAGUUCCCCAAGGAGACGCUCACAAGGUAUGAGAAGGAGUUGCAGUUCACAGCGGGCGCCGGAGAGACAGAUUCAUCGUAG